UGUUGACGCUUGCAUUUACGUAUAUUCUGCUGGUUUGCGAUUUGUCUAGAAAAUUUCUUUUAAUCGAGUUUUUACCAGUAAAUUUCAAUCGAUUAGUUAUUGAUCUGCAUUUCAAUGGGUUCUAAAAAGCAUAAAAAACACAAAUCUGAGCGCCGGGAACGUGAAGAAAAAGCAAAUUUGCUCUUGGAUCGUCCACCAAGUUUGAAGCUAAUUCUGAAGGUCAGCGGUAACAGUUCGACACCGGAGCAUGGAAAUGACUCGCCUGCCUACGGCAUCCAACAGGAUCUGAUUGCCGGUUCGUCCUUCUCCGGUGAAUACUCGGGCGAGCGGCACAAGAAGAGUAAGAAAAAGAAAAAGAAGAAGGACCGUGAGAAGAAGCACAAACACCAUAAGGAGAAGCGCCGCCACCGUGAUGACUCCAGUCAGGAGGAUUUUAACAGUGUAGGGGACGAAAGUUCGCAAGCGGCAACAGAGCCGAAUGCGUUUUUCGCUGCUGCCGCUGCUAUUUCCGGCAGUACGGGCAGCUUGGCUUCUUUACCGGUAACAAAACCGAUGAUUCCAAUCAAAAGUCCCGAACCGGAACCGAUAACUUUGAACAUCCAACCGGCGACUCCGGCAACGCCUGCCACCCCGGCCACUCCGGCAACACUAAUGCGGGAGGAAAUCAAUCCGCCCAGUUCGGUGACCACCGAAGAACCGAUGCGAAGCCCCAGCUCGGUACACUCGACAUCCCGGCCGGGAAGCAAAAUGGACUUCCACGAUACCGGCUCGAAUCAAGCACCUAAAACGCCGGGCUCGGAUUGCAGCGGUCGGGAACAGCGAACCUGCGUGCUGAAGCAAAAACAAAGUCGCUCUCCGCUGGCCCGGUUGCUGGAUCAUUUGCUGAAAGCGCUGGAGAAGCGCGACCCGCAUCAGUUCUUCGCUUGGCCGGUCACCGAUGACAUUGCUCCGGGCUACUCGACGAUCAUUACGAAGCCAAUGGAUUUCAGCACCAUCCGGCAGAAGAUUGAUGAUAAUGAAUAUGUAUCGUUGUCGGAAUUUAGUGAAGAUUUUAAGCUGAUGUGUGAAAAUGCUAUAAGAUAUAAUCAUUCCGAGACAGUCUAUCAUAAAGCGGCGAAAAAGCUGUUGCAUGUUGGUGCCCGUUUGCUACAGCCGGAGAACCUGAUGAGAUCAUUGCGCCCUUUGAUGACGUACAUGCGUGAUUUAACGCCCAAAGAGCUUGGCUUUGAACUACCGGCUGCCACGGAAGGUCAGGAGAAUGACCCCCAUACGUUGGAUUCGGCUGACGAGGCCAUGGCUGCAGCCGUUGACGAGGGUAUCAAUGCACAGAUCAACGCCCAAAUCGAGGAGGAUGAAAAACGGAAACAAAUUCGAUUGGAAAAUAAUCCCACAACAAAGUUCGAGCCGUUCGUGGAUGAUUUGACGGCCGAGGAAGUGUUGCAGCAGGUUCAGACGGCUGCGCUGAGCGCUAGAACAAAAUUGAUGAAGAAGAAAUCUGCUAAUAAGCUUGGAUUCUUGCGGCAGUUGAAAGAUGGAACCACAACGAUGAGCAUUUUAGUUGAUAACGAAAACAAUACACCAGAGAAAGUUGUCUCUUUGGAAGCUUUCACUGGAAAGCUGCAGUACGGUACCGCUCUGCUGCAGGGAUUCCGCGAAGAUCGUAGAAAUUUUGCAAAAACGGUUAAACCUCUCAGCUAUGGAUCGUUCAGUUCCUUUGCGCCGGUAUUUGACUCACGAUUUUCUAACCUUUCAAAGGAGGAAUCAGAUAUGGUGCUGAAUACGUAUGGCGACAGCACUGGGGCCGAUUACGCCGAGAGUAUUAUGAAGUACACCAAGGAUAGUCCCUAUGCCGGGGGCAUUGCGCACAGUUUACUGGAUAUUCUAACUAAUGGAGACCAUCGGAAGGCGUUUGCUACUCUGUACGAGUCCGAUAUGCAACGACAAGAAAAGGAAGCCGUCAAGCAUACCUUUCCGGAACCGGCAGAGCGUGAGGAGCAGCGCCAGAAGCUGUCCGAUGUUCAGGUUGAUUUCAAUCAGCUUCGGACACUGUCUAGUUUGGGUGUGGAUGUACAAUUUUUAGAUGAUCUGGAACAGCAAAUUAAUUGCGCGAGUAUGACCAGCAGCUUGCAGCAAGCACUCAGUGAAAAUUCUGACCUGAUCGAAAAGUUGCAUCAGAUUCAAACGAAUCGACUUUCUGCGCCGCUUCCGGCGCAUCUAUCUUUCGUGCAGCGUGCUGGUGAUAGUGAGGUUAACUUAGCUGUCCAAAUCACGAAUAACUUGACGCAAAUUGCGAAGCAAUUACCGCCGCUAGCGCUGUCCACUCCGCAUGGAUUGCGGAAGGCGAUGGGAUUAAGUAAUGCUGGUUUGCAAAUAUUCAACAAUCCACCGGUUGGAGUUAUCAACCCGCAACCAAAUUCGGGUUCCACUCAACAGCAGUCACAUAACAGCAGCAGCACCCCUGGUGCCGACAUUAUUGAUACCACUCCGAUGGACAUGGAUCUGGAACCGGAGCAACCAGCGCAGCACCUUCACGCGCACCCGAAUCCCAAUCCUUCCCAAGUGGACAUCGACAGUGAACUUAGAGAUUUGCUGAGCAGCAACUCGAAUGGUGGAGAUACUGGCGAAUCGGAUGCCGCCCCUAGCAUCGAACAGAUGCUGAUGGAUUAGGCAAAGUAUGGAGACUUCUUUAUUUUCCUUUCGUUUUCUUAAUGUAUUUAAUAUGCUGGACUCAAGCCUCAAGAAUAAAUCGAGGUGAUUUGACAUAUUCUUCUAGACAUA